AUGUUUCGUGGUGGUGCAAUCAAAUACGUCAUUUUUCUCAGCGUUCUCCUCGGAAUUGUAAUUCUAACGAAAGUUCUUCAAAAUGUUAUUGAAAAAGCAAACAUUAAAAGUAAGUGGUGGUGCAUUUUUUACCUAGUAUAUUUUUUCUGAUUAUUAGAGGAUAGAGUAAAUGAGUAAUAACCGUAAACUUGAUUGAGUAAAUACCUGUUAUUAGGUAUUUUUCAUCUGUUUAAAGUUAAUGUAUAUACAACAAAACAUUAAAGAAGGCGAUAAGAAAAUAAAACAAAUCAUAUAUGAACACUUUACUGUGGAUGCGAAUUUUAAUUAAGAAAUGGUCACGCAUUUUGACGCUUGUGUAAAUUAAGGUAUUUCAAAUGAAAUAAGUUAACGAAAGUUGAAAAUAACUAGAAAUUAACAGGAUGCUCACAAAGAGACAAAACCUGCUGAGACAACAGCAACAAUAUUUUUAAGCCAAGGAAUCUCUGAGACAUUUUGUUCGAGCGUUUUUCACGGUUUUAUUUAUACCGUCAGAUCCUGAUCCGAUAAAAUAACGCUUUUUCUUAUCAAUCAAGAGUGUAUCGAGAAAUUGGGGCAAAAAUAAUGGAAAAAAGGUUCCGGAGAUAAUCACUAAACUUAAUUAAUGGUGCGAAAAUAAACAUUAAAACCCUGCAAAUUAACGCGAAUUUUUGAAAUUCGCGUUUAUUCCUUGAAGCGUCAACUUCCUUCACGUAGGUUUAGCCCUCGGACUGCACACGUGAAUUCAUACCCCCAACGGGAGGGGGGUGGUGGAUUGAACCCCUCCCCAGAGUUUUUAAUAUAUUGCAGUAUUUCGAAACUAUUUAGGCCUUCAGUGGAAAGCCUUUGAUCUUCUAAUUCUUAACAAGAUGAGGUAUGUUUUUAUGGGUGGUGGCGGUGCUGGAGGCCUGUGAUGUCACCAACAAUGGUCACCAUCUUAGAUUUUACCAAGAUUUAGAAAUCAGGUCAAAACCGCGAGAAGUUAAUUUUUUGUGCUUGACAUGAAAAAUAACACAUAACUACGCACCACAUGCUACAUAUGACGUCAUAUCUCGUAACCAUAGUAACUGACCAUCACUGAACUUGUCUCAAAAUGCGCGCCAGAGAUAAACGAACAGCUACUGAAAACGACAGGUGCUGAUGUUUUAUAGUCUAGGAAAAAAACUCAGAAAAGCCUCAGAGGGGGGUGGCAGCCACCCCCCCCCCUCCCUUGUACCUCCGAGGGUUAAGAAACAAUCGACUCGCUAAGAGAAAGAACAUGAGACCCGCCGGACUUAGGAGAGCAGUGGAAAAUAAAACCUGAUAUCAAAGCUCGUGACGUAUUAUCUACUUUGAUUCGAGUUUGAUGAGUAGGUCUAACUGGUUUUUUACAACUUUUUUUCUCAUCAGCUUUAUAUUUUAGUCAAUAUAAUGGUCGACUGGUUAGAAAACUUCCCGGAAUUACUACCCUCCCUGUUCCCUCUCAACUGGAAAAUAACAAUUCAAAGGACCAGUUUCUUUCAUGUAGUGAAACUGCAAUUUAUGAACAACAACUACUUCUGGAAAAACUCGAAGCAAAAGUAAGAGAACUACAAGAAAAACUAGCCAUGCAAAAUUCUGGAUGGGACCCUAAGCUGCCGACAAUUUUUGCCAUUACUCCUACCUAUAGGAGAUUUUUGCAGAAAGCUGAGUUAACGCGCACGGCCCAGACUUUAAAACAUAUUAAAAAUCUACACUGGAUUGUCGUGGAGGACUCGCACGAGAAAACAAAUCUGGUUAAACGGCUUUUAAAUCAUUUUGGCAUCAGAUAUACUCAUCUUAACGUACGGACGCCAGUGGAAAUGAGGAUAGGGAGAAAUAAGCCAUGGUGGACUAAGUCGAGAGGUACAGAACAACGUAAUGUGGGAUUAAAAUGGAUACGUGACAAUAUUAAGGCCAAUGAAACAAAAGGAGUGGUGUACUUUGCUGAUGAUGAUAAUACCUACGACAUAAGAUUAUUUGAUGAGGUAACAGUAUUUUCUUCUUUUAUGUUGUUAUCUUUUUUUUAUCACGCUCGCUGAAUGAAAACUUUCAAGAGUAGCUUCACCCUAUAUAAGGGAAUCCACAACGUUCUUGGAUUCCGGAUUCCAAAUACUCGUCCAGUGUCUGUGAGGGGAACUUGGAUUCUGGAUUCCAGUCGUUAGUAGGAUUUCGGAUACCUUUGGCUGUAUUCCGGAUUCCAAGGCCCAAGAUCCCGGAUUCCACAGGGAAAUAUUUCCUGGAUUCCGUUGCGUAAUCCACAAGGAAAAAUUUUCGGGAUUCCCUGACAGGGGCAAGUAGUUGUUAUCUUAUGAAACUUGCCUUAGAAGCAAUCUUCGUGGAGAAAACCCCGGAAUGAAUUGUCGCGUUAGACAUCAAAAUGAGAAGGUUAUUUCAAGUGGAUGGCUUUGGAGUUUGUUUACUUGCACUUUACAUUGUAAAAGUCUUCUUAUAAACUGAUUGCACUACUAUUGAACAACAUUUUUUUGAAUUGCCGCUGCCGAGCUCUAUUGGCAGGAUAUCUGUGUCCUGUUGAUGUCUUGCAACACUAACUCUUUCGACAGUACCAGCCUUGUUUGUAAUGUAAGAAUUUAGUUUUAAGUAUUUCGAUCUAUUAUAGAUCCUAGUAGCCAUACCAACAGCAUUUUCGCUCGCAAGACUUAUUCCUUUGACCAAUUCAUAGUCUUAGGUGCUAAGUGUCGGCGCUCCUUCCUCUGACUCCUCUGUAGUCAUCUCUUUAAAAUUAAAACCUAGUGAAAACGUUGCUAAUAACAGACCUUACUGAAUUAUUUCAUCUUCAUUAGAUGCGGACGAUUAACACCGUUGGGGUGUGGCCAGUGGCAUUUACAGGGGCAGCUAGAUGGGCGGGUCCCAUCUGCGAAGACGGUCAUGUGGUUGGCUUUCAUACCAACUGGAAACCAUUCAGAACAUUUCCUGUUGAUAUGUCGGCGUUUGCAGUAAGCUUGAAAAAGCUGCUGGUAGAAAGACCGGAGGCUCGAUUUGAUCCUGAUAUAAAGCCGGGAUUCCUGGAGACUUCAUUUCUAGAGCAGAUUACCACUAUGGAACAGUUGGAACCUAAGGCAAGCAACUGUAUGAAGGUACGUAGUCAGUGUAAUAACCCCGUUCGCCCCCUGAGAUUCUCACGUGAAAGGUAUGGGGAUGUUCGUCGUCUCGUACAGUCAAACCCCGUUACUGAGGGGGCCAUAGAAAGUGUCCGUAUUAAGCGGGUUGAAUUUAGGGAAAAUGUAAAGGCUUUCUGUCUCCAGCGACAAGGCUAACUGUCCAUGGGGUUUGGGGGUAAUAUAGCUUUAUCACGGUUUACUUAGGAUAAUCAGGGUGAAAAGGUUAGUUAUAUUUUUUCAUAAACUGGGAUCACUUGGCGUUGUACAUAAAGAAAUAUUUAUUUAAAAAUUAAUAAAGUUAAAACAGAAAUAAGAAACAAUCAAAAUAAUUGCCUUCGUACUUUGCGGUGCAUGCUUUCUUUUCCUCAAGCCUAAGACACGCACGCUCAGAUUAGUCCGCGUGCUUUCGAUUGUAAUUUUCCGACGAGCAUACUUAUCCUAAACUCCAAUACUCGUCCAGUUUUGCUGAACAACAAUCGAAGGUUGUAGUUUUGUCACGUCAAACCAGCUCGCAACUUAAUUCUCUAUCCUGGUCGACUUCCCUUCAUUCCAAACCUUCCCCCGUUUUAAGCCCCGCACUUUUUGGAAACUGGUGUGAUGCAAAUAACAUUAUAGAUAGGGUAACGGUCAGUGAGAAAUCUAAUGAGUACGUUGUAGCUCUCCACUUGCCAAACAACCUUUGAGCUUGAGUAUGAAUGCAAAGUUGUCAUGUGAAUCAGAAGCGACUGAUAAUGAAACGAACAGAGUUUCAAGAGAUGCCCCAAUUUGAAUUGCGAUCAACUCAAGAGCAUUCAACAACAACAACAUAAGCUUUAUUUGCAUGACUAUAAUUAUGUAGUUACAGUAUUGCUAAAACUUUAGCAUAAAGUUACAAUUUAUAACAAUGAUAAUGCAAUGCAAUGAUUGUAUCCCUUCCUUUGUUAAAUUUCUAUUGUAUGGUGACGUGUUUUUGCAACGUUUCACUUGUUGUUUUAGGUAUACGUGUGGCAUACAAGAACCGAAACACCAAUCAUCAACAUCAAUGGAGAAAAACAGCUCAUUAAACGAGGAAAACCCUCAAAUCCUGAUGUGGAAACAUAACUUAUCACUUUCACGUGAAUUCCUCCCGCCAUUACCAUACUUACUACAGUCUUAAUUAAUACCUAAUAAUGCAUAAAAUUUCUUAACUGAGGAUUUUUCGUUAUUACUUUGGCGGG